UCCUUUUUUUUUCUUUUCCUUUUUCUGUUGCUGCUAUUAUGAGGUGGCAAGUGUAAUUUUUUUUCUUAUCCUGUUUCUGCUAUUAUGAGGUGGCAACUCUAACUACUAUGAUGAGGUGGCGAGCGUUGUGAAGGCCAUGUGUGCUUCUUUCUUCCUUUUUUUUUUUCUUUUUUUUUUGACGAAAUUGCUCCUGUCUGCUUCAUCAGCUGCCUGCUUCAUCAUUUCUUCUUUCGUGUUUAUGGAGGCUACACUUUCAUCUUUGGAUUAAUCGCCAAUUUUUUUUCCUUUCCAUCUUUUCCUUCUCUUUGUAUGCUGAUGCUGACAUAUCAUUGUAUAUAAUCUUUCGUUUUGUUUUGCCGGCAGCUAAUUCGAUGCGUUGCCAAGAAUUGCUUCUUGAUGUCCUGCUUUUGAAAAAGCAACACCACAACAUAUCAUCAAUGGCUACAAAAUGUCAAAACACCUUCCAGAUUAUCAUGAAAAGGUCAUGGAGCUAGAGCCUCGCAAAAUUUCGAUUUCCUACUGUAGCUUGUUAAAGCAGGUUUUGGAUCACCUGCAGUUUCCACCACCUGUCUAUGAAUUAGUAGACAUUACUAAGAAUCAUGUGAAGUUACAUGUGGAAACAACAGACCUUGGUUUUUCACACACCUAUACUUUUGAUGGUGGUAAGGGUGAGAAGUUGCAGGCUUCCUCUGAAAAGGCAGCAGAGGAUGCUGUUCGGCACUUGAGGGCAGAGUUUGAUCUUUGUAUUCAUGACUGGACAAGCACUAAGAUUUGGAUGUAUAAGCGCUGUGAGUUGUUGUUCCAGCUGAAACAUGAUGCUUCGGAGUCUAAAUAACGGGUGCUGCAUAAACCACCUGUUAACUGGCUUAGUGCUUUCCCUGAGAAGGCAGGUGCUAAGGAUGUCUUUAUUAACUACUUGGAUGUGCUGCAUGUGCUAAUUGUACAGACGCGUGCGCGAGUCUCAACUAUUGAGUCCUCUGAGCUUGCUUUGCAGGGAUAUGUGGCCUAGCUAACGGUGUAUUGUCCUGGAGACACUGUUAACAUGGAAUGUAUAAUCAGUGAUGUAUGCAUUGGUGAUGCAGCUACUAAGCAAAAUGCGGCUAUGAAAGCUGUGACUUUCCUUCAGUGCAAAUACAAGCUAGAUAUAAUUUACCUUAACUAUGGGCAACAAAAAUAUGCUGGGAUUAAGUGUUCUUUAGCACGGGAGAGCUACAUGUCUGCUCAAGAACGUGUUCUUGGUGUGCAGGGAACACUUCACUUGGCACCUUUCUUAGACGAUCGUGAUUGCAGCACACCUAGAUCCCUGUGUAACAAAAUCCCAAGUGCAAGCCUUCCACCUAAUACUCCUCGUAAGCGUAGAGCUCGUCCUACUUUCAAGAGGGCAGGUGUUGCUAAUCAGCCAGCUGCAAUUAACUUUGUUAAGGUUCCAUCUGAUUUGGAGGUUGUGUUUAAGCGUGCCAAAGCCACAUAGUUAUAAGGCAAUUCCAUAGACAUGGGGAGGGGGUUAAAUUUUAUAGUCUGUGUAGAAGGCUAGCAUAUUUAAUACUGUCCUUUUGUAAACCUAAGAGCUAUAAUGCUCAGUAGAAUUUGUGAUGAUGUGCUUGCUGUAUUGUAAACCCUGUUGCCAUGUAUUUUUCUUUAUUUUAGGCUUUAUCUAUGUAACUGCUUCUUAUGAUGUUGCCUUUUUAUGAGCAAUGAAAUUUAUUAGUUUAUAAUU